CCCAUUCCCCCUCGCGGCCGGCCCACGCAGUCGAGACCCUCAAAAUGGCCAGCGCAAGCGACAGGUCCACCUCCUCUUUCGUAAAGGACGAUCCUCUGGACGGCAUUCCGACCUCCAGCCAUGACCUCCUCCUCGGCUCAUUCGACCCAGCUAAGCUCCAUCCAAUGGCAGGCAUAGACGACAAGCUCGACUACCUUCUUCUCGACGAUGAGAAGACGAGCGACCUACCGGGAGCCGGCACCGCCAUUCCGUCCCGCGGCUGGAGUGACGACCUCUGUUAUGGCACGGGAACGAUGUACCUCAGUGGGCUCGCCCUUGGCGGGGUGUGGGGGCUGCGCGAGGGCGCGCGAAGACCCCUCGCCGUGUCCAACGCACGGCUAAGGAUCAACAGUAUCCUUAACUCGGUCACUCGGCGAGGCACGUUUAUAGGCAACUCGGCCGGCUGUCUCGCUCUCGCAUACAACGCCUUCAAUUCCUCCAUAGACGCGUUCCGCGGCAAGCACGACACAUACGGGAGUAUGGCUGCUGGCGCACUCACUGGCGCCUUAUAUAAGUCAACAGCCGGUGUGAAGCCUGCCCUCGCUGCGGCCUCCGUCAUCGCAGGGAGCGCUGGCCUCUGGAGUUAUGUCAAGCGGCGAGUCUAGCGUAUAUCAUGUAUAAUUUACCCCUACCUUAAUUCCCGUGAGUCAUCGCACCCCCUUUCCAUCGC